GAGUUUUUCUCACUGUAUAACCGAAGGGAUCGUAAACAAGCGCGCUAGGGUAGGGGUGAGAGAGCAGAAGCGGCUAACUGUAGUUACGUUUCGACUUACAAGUGUUUGUGGAUAAAAUAUAUCUUUCCAACUUCAGCUACAGUGAUAGCUACGUUUGGAAAGGAGAAAGGGGCAGAUAGUGUGGGUUUACCGACGAGAGCCAAAUAGUCUGCACAAAGGUAUCAAGCGCCUAGUCUUCUAUCUACAUUAGAAAGGCGUAUUUACCCGAUACACUUGUCAAUACUAUAAUGGAUAAUUCUGGAACUAAACAACGUUGUUGCGAAUCUAUGAAAGAUUUUUUUACAUCAGCUAAGUUUCUUAUCUAUCUGGGACAUGCCUUAUCAACUUGGGGUGAUCGAAUGUGGAACUUUGCUGUGGCAGUCUUCCUUGUGGAGCUGUAUGGCAACAGCCUCCUUCUCACAGCCGUGUACGGACUGGUAGUUGCGGGGUCAGUGCUUUUACUAGGGGCUAUUAUCGGCGAUUGGGUGGACAAAAGUCCUAGACUCAAAGUGGCUCAGACUUCACUGAUUGUCCAGAAUUGUGCUGUCAUACUGUGUGGAAUCCUGUUGAUGGUGGUUUUCCAGUUUCAAGAACAGUUGGCAGAGAUUUACAAUGGAUGGGUUCUGACAUCGUGCUACAUACUAGUCAUCACCAUCGCCAACAUUUCUAACUUAGCCAGCACUGCUACCUCCAUUACCAUCCAGAGAGACUGGGUAGUUGUUGUGGCUGGACAAGAUAGCAGCAAACUUGCAGAUAUGAACGCAACAGUCCGAAUUAUUGAUCAGAUGACCAACAUCCUGGCACCCAUGUUAGUAGGACAAAUUAUGGCUUUUGGCUCCCAUUUCAUUGGCUGUGGAUUCAUUUCGGGCUGGAACUUGUGUUCAAUGUGUCUGGAGUACUGCCUGUUGUGGAAAGUAUAUCAGAAAACCCCUGCACUGGCUGUGAAAGCUAUCAAAAAACAAGAGGACCUGGAGCUUAAAUACCUCAACACUCAGAAAGAUUUGGAAAAUGGCCAGAGCCCUGUUGAGUCCUCGCAGCUCAUGAAUGAGACUGUGCUGGACAAAAAAAAACACCCUAUGAAAGUUAGCUGUUGCUACCAAAUGAUGGAACCCAUACGCACCUUUAAAGCAGGCUGGGUCGCCUACUACAACCAGUCCAUAUUCUUUGCUGGCAUGUCCCUGUCCUUUCUUUACAUGACUGUCCUAGGCUUUGACUGUAUCACAACUGGCUAUGCAUACACACAGGGUCUUAAUGGCUCAGUGCUCAGCCUGCUGAUGGGUGCUUCGGCUGUGUCUGGGAUCUGCGGUACGGUAGCCUUUACCUGGGUACGGAAGAAGAUUGGUUUGAUUCGUACAGGUUUCAUCUCGGGUAUGGCCCAGCUCUCCUGCCUCAUUCUGUGUGUGGCGUCUGUCUUUACACCUGGCAGCUCUUUCGACCUCAGUAUCUCACCCUUCCAGGACAUCUAUAGUCGCCUGAUAGGGGACAGUGGCCCCUUGCCAAACGCUGAUGACAGUCUGACGAGUUCUCUGUAUGGAACUGAGCUGUUUCUUAAUAGCUCCACUGUCCCACCUGCAGAGGAGCUGCCACCUUUGCAGUCCUACUUGUCAGUCAGCCUGCUGUUUGCAGGGGUCAUUGCUGCUAGAGCAGGUCUAUGGUCCUUUGACUUGACUGUGACCCAGCUCAUCCAAGAAAAUGUGAUUGAGUCAGAGAGGGGAGUCAUCAACGGCGUUCAGAACUCCAUGAACUACCUCCUGGACCUGUUGCACUUCAUCAUGGUGAUUUUAGCACCUAACCCAGAGGCUUUUGGGCUGCUGGUCAUUAUCUCAGUGUGUUUUGUCGCCAUGGGCCACAUCAUGUAUUUCAGGUUUGCCUUCAACAGUCUUAGGAGUCGGCUGUUCCUCUGCUGCUCACCAGAGCAUAAGUCGGAGGCAGACCCAGCCUCACUUCCUACCACUGUGUAAUACCCCUCGUAACCCAUUUUUCUCUAGUCUUGAAAACUUCUAGAUAUUUUCUAAACAUCCCUGUUUCUAGCUGUGGUAACCCUAGAUAAUGCUAUUGUGCCUCUGUAUCUAACACUGCUAUAUGCGGCACAUAGCCAUUAAAUGGCAUCAGUCAAUUUCAAAGGUGUAGUGUGGCACCAGGUGAUAAGGAACACCUUAAGAAAAAUGUCCUAGCUGGAUAAGACAAAUCAAACAUUUCCAGUAUUGUUUAUUGCAGCUCAUCAACAGGGGUUGCACUACUGGCGAUAGCCUCAUGUUAACACUUCAAACACUGACUUCAGAAAUGUAUUUGGAUGUUCUUGUUUGAAGAGGAACAUGUUUAACAUUUGCACAACCCAAGCAAGGCAUUGAGUCUUAUAAAUAAGUGGGGUAGAAGGGCAUGCAAAAUAUUUAUUUAGCUGCACAUCCAUAUUGUUAUACUGUAUAUUCUGCUAGAUCUAUCUCAGCCAUUGUGGUGCUAGCAAUCGUUUUUAAGCAAACUGGAAAAAUAUAUAAUCACAUCAAUGAUGCUCUGUAACCAAAACUGUUUUGCAUCUAAAGCUUAAAAGUGGGGAAGUGAGGGAAAACCUGUUGUUUUCUUUUCAUAUAACAUUCAAAAAAAAUUGUGAUUUGAGGUGACAAUGAUGAUACUUACAUUUACUAACACUUUUGUAAAGAAACCAGGACAACUAAAUAUAGCCCUCCUGAGUUUGUACUUCACUGUUCCUUUAAAAUUGUAUUUUAAUACUAUUAGUUGUCAUUUGAUUCUAAUGUUUAGCUAUGGUGUAAACUAACCAAAUGCAGACAGGUGACAAUAUUGAAUGAGAAUUAACCAACAAAGCAGGUGACAAAAGUGUACGACUUUAAAAUCAGGUCUCCAUUUUUGCCACUUCAAGUUGAGUAAGAGCAUCACUUAACAUUGAAUAACUUUUUUUUUUUAGGCCAUUAACAUUUUUGAAUUUAGGAUAUUGAGUUGAGACAACAUGCAAGAGAUACAGACAGUUUAACAAUGAGAACUGCCAGUGAAAAUGCAGCCAUGAAGCUGUUUCAGAGUUGGCAUUGGGUAAAAUCAUUUGAGAUUUUUGAUGUUUGAAUUUUUAUAGUUGCAGGGAACUUUACUAUCUUACUACCCAUAUAACAUACAUAGCCACCAUACAGUUUUUAAGCAUCAUUAUUGCCCGCUCUAGCUUGUCACCCGUUUCAUCCGUCAUCUGUUUGGUAAGGUUAGGCAAAGGAAAAAAAAAAAAUAUUUUGAUUAUCACACAGGCACUUUACGUGAUGGAAGUUUGUUAAUAAACAAAGAUACUUUGUCACCUUAAGGAAUCACUUCAGCUAUUUGCACAGGCUGAAAUCCUGCCCUUCCCAAGAAAAAUGCCCCCGGCUGAAGCUCUCAGGAAGUGUCACUGGUAGGCCCAUGGUACAACAUCGUAGUUUUCUAUUCUCUACCAGACUCUGCACAUUCCUGAGACCAAACAUAGCUACUUUACUGUGCGUGACAUUUAACAUCUGUUCCAAGUUUACUUCAGACUUAGUGAAAUGUUAUACAGAGAAUAAAACACCAUAUUUACGUAUGUCAUAGUUGACAACUUAUUGUGCCUCUUGAACAAUUCCAACACAAUUAUUUGUUUAAUUGUAAUCCUGGUUUGAAAGGUGCAUGUCUUCAAAAACAAGUGAACGAUUCAUUCCUCCAGUUCAAAACCAUAGCAGACCUGAGCCACAGAGGUGGUUGGUUGUAAAAAAGAGAAAUUGAAUGAGUUUAAAGAUGAGAAGUUACACUACAUGAUGCAAACAGUAAGGCAAUUAUUUUACUUUAGGUGAACUGUUGAGUCAUACAGACUUACAGGUUUGUCAGGUUCAGAUGGCUUUCUGAAAAGAAAGCCAUAAAGAGGUCAAUGUUUAUGCUAAGCAUGGGUUGAACUGUUAUUGCUAUAACAUAAGCACAUAAUUCAAUUGGAAGGAUUGUACAUUCAGGAAUCUUAAAGGUGCUCAUCCCAAUAUCAAUAUGUCAAUUGAGAACUUGACACACUAAAUUUAUUGUAUGAAAUGUGUAUAAAAUAAUUUUUAUGUAUGCUAUUAUUGGAUCAUACUGUCUUUAUUUCUGAUGCUGGAAACCUAUUUACAUCUAAAUGUUUUUAUUGACUAUUGUGUUUUUUUCUGAUUUAGAAAUAUGUUUGUAAAAUGGUUCUCUGCCUCCUGUGCGAAGAGCAAUGGUUUUGUACAACUCAAGUACAAAAUAUCUUGCAUUAUUCAAGUAUACAAAGCAGGCACAUAAUGGCUUUUUCCUUUCCAUAUUUUUAUGAAUUAUGUAAUCAGUGUCCAAUCACCAAAACUUAAAUGGUGUAUCAUGACACUCAUUUGAGAUAAACAAACUGAUGACUUGUAUCACAUUCUCUUAAAUAAAUUUGAUCUCUCCUUUAUUAACAUAA